AUAGAAAGUUAGGGUUUUUCGAACGUAUUUGCAGAGACACAGUACUCUCCCUCUCUCUCACACACAUCAUAUCAAGAGAGAGAUGUUCUGGCAAAGGGGAAAGACUCUAAUUCCAAUAGAGGUAUAGUACGUCGCUUGCUUUCAGUCAAUUAAAACCACUCCAUAACCUAUUCCGCACCGACAUGUCUCCUAUCGCCUUCCUUUAUUAGCCUCUUCACUCUUUCACUUUGUGUUUAAAUAUAGUUGUAGUAGCAGAGAGCGCAUAGAUUAGAAAAGAAAGAUCUUUCUCGGGAUCUCCUCAAUACUAUUCUUGGAACAUGUUGGACUACGAAUGGGACAACCCCUCCGUGAUUAUGUUAUCCGGAGAAGAUCGAAGCCAUCAUCGUCAGCAGGAGCCUGACCCAACCCGAGUCUUGUCCAUUUUCGACCCGACCCAGACCCAUCAUAGUCAGUCCUCUUACAGCAACACUUGUCCACCUCUAUUUUCUUCCUUCUCUAACCAACAACAUUUGACCGUCUAUGGUCAUCAGACCAGCAACCAGUUUCAUCCCUCCUUCGUCUAUGACUCACGCACCACCAAUCACCUUUACGCCCCCUCAUCCGAUUCAAUCUACGGUCACCCCCACCACUCAGCCUUGUUCUCCUUCGACCAGACAGGGUCAGGAGGAUCCGGAUCUUCUUACAACUUCCUCAUCCCCAAGGCUGAAGUUGACGUCUCUCGGCCGCUCGAUUUCACUUCCAACAGAAUCGGUCUGAAUUUGGGAGGGCGGACAUACUUCUCGGCGGCGGACGACGAUUUCGUGAGCAGGCUGUACAGGCGGUCCCAACCUGGUGAGUUGGGAGUGGGGAACACGCUGAGCACUCCAAGGUGCCAAGCGGAGGGAUGCAACGCAGAUCUGAGCCACGCCAAACACUAUCACCGCCGCCACAAAGUGUGUGAAUUCCACUCAAAAGCUUCAACGGUUGUGGCCGCUGGUCUUAGCCAGCGCUUUUGCCAGCAGUGCAGCAGGUUCCAUUUGCUGUCGGAAUUCGACAACGGGAAACGGAGCUGCCGUAAGCGACUUGCUGACCAUAAUCGACGCCGCCGUAAAUGUCACCAGUCAAUCUCCAAACCCACUCCGGAUACUACCACCACCCCGCAGUCACCUAACGAUUCGGGUGUAAAGUCUUCGUCGUCGCCAUCCAACGCGCUGCCUACAAUUUCACUGGAAUGUUUCCGUCAAAAGCAGUUCCAAACAACAACAACACCAUCGUCUUCCACGUCAGCAUCUUCCUCUAAUUCAAUGUUUUUCUCAAGCGGAUAGCUAGCUAAUUAAGCUUUGCAGUUAACUAUUAUAAACGACGCUAGCUACUACGUUGUUAUAAUUGUUAUCAUCUUAAUAUCAUCAUCUUUGUUAGCAGUGAAUCGAUAAAUUGAUAUUUGGUCAUGUUGCGUGCUUCUUUCUUAAUAUUAGUUAAAUUGUUCUUGUUUAAAUGUG